CCUCAUGCGAGUGACACCGGGGCUCGGCGGGGAUAUUUGAGGCACCUCCGGCACUUGUAGCAGCCAGUCCGCGCUCGCCGCCGUGCCGGGCACAUGCGGUUCGCGGGGCCGCGGCGAGGAGUGCGCUGGGCCCGGGUGCGGCACCCCGCGGGGGAGGACGCGGCGGCGGGAAGGCGCGACCAUGUGCGCGGAGCUCCGCGGGAAGCUGUUGGCACUGGCCCUGCUGCUCGCCAGCGCCCGGGCAGCGGCGGCCGCGGCCACUGAGGCCACUCACCCGCCGGAGGGGCCGCAGGACAGGACCCCGCAACAGAAGGGGCGACUGUCCCUGCAGAACACAGCUGAAAUCCAGCACUGCCUGGUUAAUGCUGGCGAUGUGGGCUGUGGAGUGUUUGAAUGCUUUGAAAACAAUUCCUGCGAGAUCCGAGGCUUACACGAGAUCUGCAUGACAUUCCUGCACAACGCUGGGAAAUUUGAUGCCCAGGGAAAAUCCUUCAUUAAAGACGCUCUGAAGUGUAAGGCUCAUGCCUUGAGGCAUAAAUUCAGCUGCAUCAGCCGUAAGUGCCCUGCCAUUAAAGAGAUGGUGUUCCAGUUACAGCGGGAGUGCUACCUGAAGCAUGACCUCUGCUCCGCUGCCAAGGAGAACGUCCAGGUCAUUGUGGAGAUGAUUCACUUCAAAGACCUGCUGCAGCAUGAGCCAUAUGUUGACCUGGUGAAUAUCCUGCUCACUUGCGGCGAGGAGGUGAAAAAGGCAAUAACAAGAAGCGUUCAGGCCCAGUGUGAACAGAACUGGGGAAGCCUCUGCUCCAUCCUGAGCUUCUGCACCUCGGCUGUGCACGGUGAAGCUCUCCUGGGCCCCGAGAAGAAGGCGGGUGAAGGCAGCAAGGCCGCUGCAGGCCGCGGGGACGUGCUGGCCCACUCCGACCCCGACCACAGGGAGAGCUCGCGAGCGUCCAAGGCAGAAAGAGGUACUAAGGGCCAGCUGAGUGCCCACGGCCGGGGCAAAGCUGGAGGCCACGGUCCCAAAGGGGCACAUGGGAUCAUGGACCGGGCAGAUGAACUGUCCGACUUCUCUGACAUCCGGAGGUGAAAAGAGGCACCAGCUCCCCCGUUCCCUCCAUCCUCCCCCUCCCUCCACUGGAAGCCACCUCCGUUGAGUCCCAUCUUCCCGUCUAUGGACAUUCCAAAGCAUUUCCCAUUCAGAGGUCAAGCACAGGGCAUUGCAAGAUAUAUAUGGACCUCAGCAACAGUGUAUAUAGUAGCAAAGGGAGAGCAGUGGCAAUGGGUUAUUGAUCCAGCAAACUCGACACUUGCGCAGCCACCAAACGUGGCAAAAUGUUUCUGACUAAAUUCUUUUCCCCUGUUUUAUAGAGUGGACAUCAGAUGAAAUUUAGGAUCUUGUUUGGGGGUUGUUGGGUUGUUUUGGGUGUUUGUUUGGUUGGGAUUUUUGUUUUUUUCUUGGUCCCCUUGGCUGGGGAGAAGGUUCCAAGAGGGCUCUGACAGAUUGCAUCUGGCUGCUUGUGGCUUAGCACCUCCGGAGGUUUGGGGCACAGCCUUGCAGCAGAUGGCUGAAUUCCAGGGGGAUAUGGUUUCUGCCUGUGGCUGAGAAUGCAAGAGCUCAAGGCUCUCUAUGUGACACUCUUUAAUGAAAUAGCUACCCCAGUCACUGGCACAGGAACCAUGGGGUCUGGAGCUCCACCACUUUCUCUUACCUAACUUCUGAGCCGUUGGUCCCAUCCGGGUGAUGCUGCCUAGUUUAAGUGCCCCCUGUUUGUUUUUUAACCACUGCAUAACUUGACACUUGCUAAUCCAGUCACUUUAGCAUAUAAGGCAAGUAGUCAGCUUCCAGACAUGGCAAUGUGACUGUUAAGACUUGCAUGGUAUGGAGUACCUCCAAGAGUAUGCUCGCGCACCUCUAAAACCCCUGUGCAUAUUCUCUGCUGGCACCUGCCCACUCAGUGAUACAGGUCCUCUUCCUCUAGGGGCAGACCAAGGUUAAAGGAUGGGUGUAGGCUCAGACAGCGAAGGACCCCAUACAUUUAGCUCUUCUGCAGGGCUGUGUUGAAGGCCCAUCAGAGAUCUGUCUCUCCUUAGCAGGAGCAUGGUGCAGUCUGCUGGGAUGUUGAGCCCCACCCUAACCUGCCUAUCAGCUGUGGUUUAUCCAAAUGCCAAAGAUAAGGAGAGGGGGUUGACUUGCAUUUUGUUUUGAACUGUCACGCAGAUAGUGACCACCAAUCUCUGCAGAAUGAGUUACUAAAGAUGAAGAGUGUCAAGAGCUUAUUGUCUCAAAGCGGGUUUUCAGUGUGAAUGAGGUGUUUGGGCACAUCUCUCCUACCCCCUAUGCAAUUGCAAUGCUCAGGUUGCAGCUCUGCAAUCCUAUAUCCCCAGACAUUGUGCUGGAAAUGGAGGUUACAGCAUCCACAGGGGACAAAAGGGUGAGCUCUUGGUGAGUUUUCUUAGACAGGAAAAAAAAAGCAAGCAAGUUUUCUUAGAAAGUGGGAAUCACACCAGGGAUUGGAGCCUUCUCAUUUAGAAAGUUUGGGAGGAAAGCUGUGGGGGCCGGAAGGCAGUUCAGUAGAGACAGAACGUACCCGGUGAACUAACGUACGUCUUGUCGCAUGGUGGGAAGGAGCUGCAUAAACAGUAGAGGGUGUUGGAAUUUGGCUACAAGCUCCAACUCAGUUUCUGCUAAGUGAACGCAGCUCCUAAUAGCUGUAUGCAGGGUUUAAUGCAUGUACCCACCUGCAGAAUUUUAGAGGCAUUGCUUUUAAUAGAAGCCAUGUAGGAAGCGAGAGAGGACCGUUAAGUUGAAAAGGUGUGUCUCUAUGUGAGCACCAGGCCUUUGCUUAAGGACAUGACCUUGAUCCUGCCUGGUUUUAGCUGAGUGCUGUGACUAUAUGUUUUAAUUGGGAAGAAGUGGGGCCAGGCCUGCUUCUGACAGCAGCCAGCUCCUCUGCUCCCAAACCUACGUGGCUGCUGGUUUCUAGUGUGCCUCCAUGGGUUUCCCCGUGAGCAUCCUCUCCCCCCUUGGUGACAUACAGUCACCAUGAAGAACAAGCUCAAACCAAAAAGGAAAAAAAAAAGACAAUCCAAGCAUUUUAGUAAAACCAAAACAAACACAAAACAGAAGCAACAACUCGCUGCCAAGGUAAUGUUCUUGCAUUGAACUAAAACAAGAUCCCUCACUCGUUAGAGGUCUGAUUCGUCAAUGGGAACCAAACAGACAGAUCUACAUCCUCGAAUGUCUCCAGUCAACGUACCACCUCAGCAUGCAUACAGUUUUGUUUGUAUUCAUUUGUUCUGGGGGGGGGAAAUUGUAUAUUCCCCUUGUU